GCGCCGAUCGACGCGGGCGGCUUUUGUUUUUUGCUCGCAGCAUUUGCAACCGUCAGCGACCCGCGCGACUGCACCCAGCCCCGCUUUUCCACCAUUUGCCGUUUUUUCUAUACAGAUUUCGUCGACCGGACCAGUGUGUAUUGUCGUGAUAAACCAUGUACGCCCAAGAAGAAGAUUCGUGCGAGGACGAGGCGGCCGGGGAGGAAAUAUCGUCCAAGAUAUGGCAGGAGGCCUGCUGGAUCGUGAUAAACGCGUACUUCGACGAGAAGGGCCUGGUGCGCCAGCAGCUCGACAGUUUCGACGAGUUCGUCGAGAUGACGGUGCAGCGGAUAGUCGAGGAGUCGCCGGCCCUGGACAUACGGGCCGAGGCUCAGCACCGCACCGGCGAGGUCGAGACCCCGACGAGGCACGUCGUCAAGUUCGAGCAGAUAUACCUGUCCAAGCCGACAUUUUGGGAACGGGACGGCGCACCCUCGGCCAUGAUGCCCAACGAGGCGAGGCUGAGGAACUUGACGUACUCGGCGCCCCUGUACGUCGACGUCACCAAGACCGUGAUCAAGGACGGCGAGGAGCCCACGGAGACGCAGCAUCAAAAGACGUUCAUUGGCAAGAUCCCAAUAAUGCUAAGGUCGAAGUAUUGCCUUCUCUCCUGCCUGUCGGACCGCGACUUGACGGAGCUGAACGAGUGCCCCCUCGAUCCGGGCGGCUACUUCAUCAUCAACGGCUCGGAAAAGGUGCUGAUAGCCCAGGAGAAAAUGGCCACGAACACGGUCUACGUGUUCGCGAUGAAGGACAGCAAGUACGCCUUCAAGGCGGAAAUCCGAUCGUGCUUGGAGCACAGCUCGCGCCCGGUGUCGUCUUUAUACGUCAACAUGAUGUCCAAAAGCGGCUCGGUGAUAAAAAAAACGGCUAUCGGCCAGCGCAUCGUCGCGAUCCUGCCCUACGUGAAACAAGAGAUACCGAUCAUGGUGGUGUUCCGCGCCCUGGGCUUCGUGGCCGAUCGCGACAUACUGGAGCACAUCGUCGCCGACUUCAACGACCCCGAGAUGAUGGAAAUGGUGAAACCCUCCCUGGACGAGGCGUUCGUCAUCCAGGAGCAAAACGUCGCGCUGAACUUUAUCGGCAGCAGAGGCGCCAGGCCCGGCGUCACCAAGGACCGACGAAUCAAGUACGCCCGGGAGAUACUGCAGAAGGAGACGCUGCCCCACGUCGGCAUAAGCGACUUUUGCGAGACGAAAAAGGCGUAUUUUCUCGGUUACAUCGUGCACAGGCUGCUCUCGGCCGCCCUGGGCCGCAGGGAGCUCGACGAUCGGGAUCACUACGGCAACAAGCGCCUCGACCUCGCGGGCCCUUUGCUCGCGUUCCUCUUCCGAGGGCUGUUCAAGACGCUCUCGAAGGAGGUGUGCCUGUACGGGCAAAAGUUCGUCGACCGGGGCAAGGACUUUAGCCUGGAGCUGGCGAUCAAGACGAAAAUCGUGACGGACGGCCUGAGGUACUCCCUGGCCACGGGCAACUGGGGCGACCAGAAGAAGGCCCACCAGGCCCGAGCCGGCGUUAGCCAGGUGCUGAACAGGCUGACCUUCGCCUCGACGUUGUCCCACCUGCGCCGGGUGAACUCGCCGAUCGGCCGAGACGGGAAAAUCGCCCGGCCGCGUCAGCUGCACAACACCCUGUGGGGCUACCUCUGCCCGGCUGAGACCCCCGAGGGCCACGCCGUCGGUCUGGUGAAGAACUUGGCCCUCAUGUCGUACAUAAGCGUUGGCUCGCAGCCGUCGCCGAUACUCGAGUUCUUGGAGGAGUGGUCCAUGGAGAAUCUCGAGGAGAUCGCUCCGAGCGCCAUCGCCGACGCGACAAAGAUCUUCGUCAACGGCUGCUGGGUUGGGAUUCAUCGGGAUCCCGACCAGCUGAUGUCCACCCUCAGGAAGUUGAGGAGACAGAUGGACAUUAUCGUGUCGGAGGUGUCGAUGGUGCGCGACAUCAGGGACAGGGAAAUUCGUAUCUACACGGAUGCCGGGCGGAUCAGUAGGCCGCUGCUGAUCGUGGAAAAUCAGCAGUUGCUCUUGAAGAAGAGCCACAUAGACAUGCUCAAGGGAAAGGAUGGCGACAACGCGGGGUGGCAAGUACUGGUAGAAAGUGGUGUGGUGGAGUACAUAGACACGCUCGAGGAGGAGACAACGAUGGUGGCCAUGUCACCCGAGGAUCUGCGCCAGGACAAGGACCAAGCGUACUGCUUGACCUACACCCACUGCGAGAUCCACCCGGCCAUGAUUCUCGGUGUUUGCGCCUCCAUUAUACCGUUCCCCGACCACAACCAGAGCCCCCGAAACACCUACCAGAGCGCCAUGGGCAAACAAGCGAUGGGCGUUUACAUCACCAACUACCACGUGCGGAUGGACACUCUCGCCCACGUACUGUAUUACCCUCACAAGCCACUCGUCACGACCAGGUCCAUGGAAUACCUGAGAUUCCGUGAACUGCCGGCCGGCAUAAACAGCAUCGUCGCCAUCCUCUGCUACACCGGCUACAACCAAGAGGACAGCGUGAUUCUGAACACAGGUGCCGUGGAGCGCGGCUUCUUCCGCUCGGUGUUUUACAGGUCGUACAGGGACUCGGAAACCAAGAGAUUGGGCGACGUGGAGGAGCAAUUUGAGAAACCAAACAGACUGACGUGCCAGGGCAUGAGAAACGCGGUUUACGAGAAACUCGACGACGACGGGAUCAUUGCUCCCGGCAUCAGGGUAUCGGGUGACGAUGUCAUCAUUGGCAAAACAAUGGCCUUGGCCGAUAAAGAGGACGACCUGGAAAGUACUACGAAGCGAUACACGAAGCGAGACGCCUCGACGUUCCUGCGUAGCAGCGAGUCCGGCAUCGUGGACCAGGUCAUGCUGACCCUGAACAGCGAGGGCUACAAAUUUUGCAAGAUACGCGUGCGCAGUGUGCGUAUACCGCAGAUCGGUGACAAGUUUGCGUCGCGUCACGGUCAAAAGGGCACCUGUGGCAUGCUGUACCGACAGGAGGACAUGCCGUUCACCUGCGAGGGUAUCACCCCGGACAUCAUCAUCAAUCCCCACGCCAUUCCGUCCCGCAUGACGAUUGGCCACUUGAUCGAGUGCAUCCAGGGCAAAGUGUCGUCAAACAAGGGAGAAAUCGGUGACGCCACGCCGUUCAACGACGCCGUCAACGUGCAGAAGAUCUCGACCCUGUUGAUGGAGUACGGGUACCAGUUGAGAGGCAACGAGGUCAUGUACAACGGGCACACGGGUCGCAAGAUCAAUGCCCAGGUCUUCCUCGGUCCUACUUAUUACCAGCGUCUCAAGCACAUGGUGGACGACAAGAUCCACAGCAGAGCCAGAGGACCCGUGCAGAUUCUGGUGAGACAGCCUAUGGAGGGUAGAGCAAGAGACGGGGGUUUGCGCUUCGGAGAGAUGGAGCGCGAUUGUCAAAUCAGCCACGGGGCCGCGCAAUUUUUGCGCGAACGGCUGUUCGAGGUGUCGGAUCCCUACAGGAUUCACGUGUGCAACCUGUGCGGCCUCAUAGCGAUUGCCAAUCUGCGAAACCACACGUUUGAAUGCAAAGGCUGUAAGAACAAGACACAAAUAUCCCAAGUUCGGCUGCCCUAUGCCGCCAAACUGCUGUUUCAAGAACUCAUGGCUAUGAACAUAGCGCCGCGUCUGAUGGUCGUUUGAGAGCUAUUGCGGUCUGUUUUUUAUUUCAUUAUUUCUAAGAGUAUCGUGUAUCCUUUCUGUUACGUUUUUUUCUGGAGUUUAUAAGUAUUACUACUGUUACCGCGUUAGUUAUAAAUAUUUUUUCUACACUAGAAUGAUGAAAUGAAAUUUAAUUGUACUACUUGCCAGUCUGUUUCGUUGGAGUGCAUUUUUAAUAUAAAUAAAUCCAUGUAUGUAUAUAUAUAUAUCUAUAUUUAUAUUCAACAA